AUGUGCAAUCCACAUCCACGCCCAAGUCCAUAUAAACUGGACCGCCCGCUCCAACGGCACCUCGUCCACGGCCCAAUUGUCAGCACGGGGCAGAUCUUCAUCGACGAGAAGCUAGAACAGGAGAUCAUGGCUUUGGAGCCGUAUGCGAAUCGUACGGAGAUUGAGCGUUUGAAGAAUGUUGAUGAUGGCAUUUAUGCGACUGAGUCGAGUACCGGGGCAAUGACCCUUCUCGAUACUGAGCCGCUUGAUGGUGUUGAUUAUAAGAAUGGUGCUGUUGUGUAUACUACUUUGAUGGUUCUUAUGCUAACAUUCGGCAGAGCCGAAUCCAAGCCCAAGCCCGAGCCCUAG